UGCUUCACCUUCACUUCACUUCACUUAAGUCACAUUUCUUUGUUUCUUCUUCGUUUUUUUGUUUCUCAUUCUCAAAGACACACUUCACAAACACGUUUUUUUUGUUUCAUCAUCAUGGCAAGACCACAACAACGUUAUAGAGGUGUACGCCAAAGACAUUGGGGUUCUUGGGUCUCUGAAAUUCGUCACCCUUUAUUGAAGACAAGAAUAUGGUUAGGAACAUUUGAAACAGCAGAAGAUGCAGCAAGAGCAUAUGAUGAAGCAGCAAGAUUAAUGUGUGGACCAAAAGCACGUACCAAUUUCCCAUACAACCCAAAUGGACCACAAUCUUCUUCAUCUAAGCUUCUUUCAGCAACUUUAACUGCAAAGUUAAAUAAGUGUCACAUGGCUUCUCUUUCUCUUCAAAUGACCAAACAACAACAACCACCACAAAAAGAGCCACAACAAGUUUCAUCACAAAGUUUCAAUUCUUCCAUUAAUAGUAACACUUUUGUCUAUGGGAAUGACAUUGGUGGAACAAGUGGUGAAACUAGUUUAAUUAGAUGGCUUGAUGAAGGUAAUAAUUGUGUUGGGUUUGAAGGUCAAGUUGAAGUUUCUCAUCAACAAUUUCAACCUGUUCUUGAAGAUGAUCACAUUGAACAAAUGAUUCAAGAGUUGCUUGAUUAUGGUUCAAUUGAGCUUUGUUCUGUUGGUUCAUCUUAGACUACCUCUAAUAUAAUAUAAUAUAGCAUUUAAGCCUUUCUUGGCACGAAGAGUCACUGAGACCCAACUCGCCUAAAACAAAGUUCAUAUCAAAAGAAAAUGUAUCAUUUAUCCAUGACACCUUUUUGAGAGAGAGUGGUAGUAAGGGGUACUAAUUCACCUGUAAUAAAUGUAUAAGAUUUAGUAAUUUUGGAAAUUCACUUCACUCGUUAUUGUGUGUUUGUUUCCACGGUGGAUAGGCUCUCACGUGCUUCGAAAUAAAUGUUACAGUGUGUAGCUUCAUUGCAAUCACACGUUUAGAGAAUUUUACCACCGUUGUUUCAAACGUUCGUUUAGAUGACGACCAUGUGGAAUCAGAAUGUAACAAAUAAUGCAUAUCAUGAACUUUUAUAUAUAAAAUUAGUAUCAAAAGAGUACAAUUUUCUAA